AUGGUUGGGCUCACAGCACGGCUUAAAUAUUACGGCGUCUGGACGCUGACGGAGGGCGCCUGCAUUCUCACCGGGCUCGGCUACAACGGUGUUGACCCAUCGACAGGCCGAGUAUCCUGGGAUCGCCUUAGCAAUAUAGAUCCAUGGGGCGUGGAACUGGCGCAGAAUGCAAGAGGCUACCUUGCUAGUUGGAAUAUUAACACGAGCAAUUGGCUUCGAAAUUAUGUUUACCUCCGCGUUACCCCACGGGGUAAGAAGCCAGGCUUUCGCGCAAGCCUGAUUACGUUCGGCACCAGCGCGCUCUGGCACGGGUUCCAUCCGGGGUACUACAUGUCGUUCGUCUUCGCUAGCUUUGUGCAGACAGUAGCGAAAAACUACCGACGAUAUUUGCGACCCUUCUUCCUCAACCCAGCAACAGGAUUACCAACUCAAAGCAAGAGAUUUUACGAUAUCCUCUCCUUGUUUGUCACACAGCUCACAUUUUCGUUUGCCACGGCGCCAUUCCUUGUGCUCUCAUUCUCCGGCUCGCUUCAGGUGUGGUCCCGAAUGUACUUCUAUCCCUUUUUCGGCAUUGCUAUUUCAAUGGUGAUAUUUAAUUCACCAGUGAAGGGGUUGCUCAAGCAGGCUCUUGACCAAAGGCAGGCUAAAACAGGUGUAAAAAUGGUUCGGUCUGCUAGCCAAGACAGCCUCGCAUCAAGGGACCCUAUUCUUGGGCUCUCUUCAGACCCUCAACGUGACUUUUCUGAGAUCAUGAGUGAAAUGAAAACGGAGAUGAGUAAAAAGGCUUAG